AUGGCAUCCUCACGUUCGUUUUCGGGAUUCAUCUCCCUUCUGCUUCUGUUCCAACUCUCUUCCUUCGUUUAUGCUGCCCCAUGGAUUGUCACUGCAGACUACCAGGAGGUGGUCACCACAGAAAGGCAUUACUAUGCUACGUACACCACCACUCUCAUUGAGCAAAUCACUCCCACCGUCACUUCCAUGCCCGAGGCAGUCUCCACCGCUACCUCCCUCGGCUCCUCGAAUUACUACUACUACUACAACGACGACGAGGACGCCGAAAAGGAUGUGACUAUCAUUCAACAACUUUACCCAACAGGCGUCGGGUCAGUGGUUGAUGAUUACGACUACGAUUACGGCUAUGGCUAUGACGACGACGACGUUUACCACAGUACCAAGUUCGUUGUCAACAUGACAUAUUCGGCGCCCACUGGUUGCUCGUCUCGCUGGACUCAGACAACAGCAGUUGAGGUUGUCCCGCCUACAGAGAUCCAGGAUCUGCUCCCACGCACGGCUGUUGCUACAUCGAUCUCGGUCGACUCUGUGAGACCUUUUCAGCCGACGACCUACACUAUCGACAUUGUCUACGUUGAUCCCACGCAGCUUCCCACAAGCUCACUGGAGUCAAUGAGCUUGUACAAUCGGCCUACCUCAUUGUAUACUGCUUCUAGCUGUGCCUACACCGGCAGCAGCGGGAACGGGUACUACAGCGGCAGCUCGUACUACGGCUAUUACGGCUAUGAUGACGGUUACAACUGGUUCACGGACGAUUACUACAUGGGUAUCACGCCGCUGGCACUCACCCUUAUCUUGACACUUGGCUGGAUUGGCCUCUGGUUGAUCUUAGGUUUUAUUGAGGCGUGGAUCCGAUUCCGCCGCCUGAUGAUGGGCUGGCAAACACGCCGCGGUCUCCCUGUCUGCUGGUCACUGACUAUUCUCCCCUUCACCCUGUUACUGCUAUGCUUUUUCCGGAAGGGUUAUCGGGCUCGCUCUGAUGCAGAUGGGGAGGUCCUUCGCAAGCGGUGGAAGUCAAUGGGGUUCUGGACCAAAUUGCGUCUCUUCUUCGUCUGGGGAUUUCGGUACAAGUACCCGCCGGUACUCGGUCCUGCACCCGCCCGGGUCAAGACCAGCAAGCAGCCAGCAAAGAAUCCUGGUCCUCGACUGUUGGAGCCCAGUCCCUCGCCCAGCGUGGCGCCACAAUCGCGACCGGGAUCAGCCUCUGCAUCCACCGCUGCUGCUGCUGCUGCUGCUACUGCUCCGGCUUCUACUCCGGCUGAUCCCGAAAUGGCGAUGGUUUCUUCCCCCCAAGUCACACACCCACAAGAAACCACUGUGCCACCAACGACGACUACUGCCCCGGAAGCGCCACCUCGUCGCCAGGAUGAUGAGAUUGGUCGGGCGAACUAA